AAUGUGAAAAAUGUGAUUAUAUGCUAAAUAAUUGGUAGUUUAUAUGUAGUUCAGUGAAAGUGUGUGUAUGUGUUUGUGUGUGUGUGUGUGUGGGUGGGUGAGUGAGUGUGUAUUUUUUAAAAUAAAUAAAUAUAAAAAGUGUUUAAUUAUGUGGAAGUGCAAUAACUAAUAUCCAUCAAGCAGAGCACCCACCUAAAAAAAACCUAUCAGCAACAACAACAACAACAACAAAAAAUGUUAUAUCAUUUAAAACAAUGACUUUAUUAUUUAGAUAUAAAUUUUUGUUGUCAUUAUGUCUAAUCAUUUGGCAAAUUGUCGUACAAAUUAAUGGACUUCCAGGUGUCAUAAAAAUUGGCGGUAUCUUCGAGUCGGGCGAAACUGAACUGAUCGACGCAUUCAAAGCGGCCGUCGAUCGGGUCAACAAUGAUCGUACUGUAUUGUCCCGCAAGCAAUUGAUGGCCAGAGUGGAGACCAUCAAACCGCACGACAGUUUUCAUGCGGCCAAAUUGAUAUGCAAUAAUCUGGUCAACGACGGUGUUUGGGCGCUACUCGGUUCGGAAUCGCCGGCCGUCGGUUGGCUACUGAGAUCGUUGGCCAACAAUCUGCAUAUACCGCAUCUGUCGGUAUUCUGGGACUAUCGAACCUAUCGUCAGUGGCCAGCAGUUCAUUCGUCAUCAUCGUCGGUAGCCGGUAGUGGUGGUGGUGGCCAGAGCUAUCAUCACGGAUCGACUACGGCUGCUUCUAUAGCCGGUAAUGGUGCCAACUUUACCAUCAGUUUAUAUCCCGAAGCAUCCGUACUGAGUCAGGCAUUCAUGGAUUUGGUACUAUCGAGAAACUGGAAGUCAUUUACGCUGAUAUUUGAACAAAACGAUGGUCUAAUCAAACUGAAAGAUCUGUUAAGGAUUACCAGUCAUCCGAAUAUGCGUCGGGUAAAGAUGUCGAUCUUGCAGUUUGAUCCCAACUAUCCCUAUGAUCCGAAAUUUCAAUACCAAAAACUUAUCAAAGAUGUCCAUAAAACUGAACAUAAUAUUGUCCUGAGUGUCAGCAAUGAUAAAGUGAUUGAAUUGUUAAGACAGGCGGCACAAAUGAAACGAUUAUCAGAAUACGACAAUUAUCUGAUCACAAGUUUGGACAUCCAUACACUAAAUCUGAGUGAAUUUCAAUACAUUCAGACUAAUAUAACUGGCCUUACAUUACUUGAUCCGAGGGGACAGGAGAUCGGUUACGCACAGAGAGAUUGGAUAACUGGAAAAGUGCAUUCAGCCGUCAAAAAAGUCGUACCGACGACAACUGCCUUAAUAUACGAUUCUGUGACCCUCUUUGCCAAAGCUGUCGAUGACUUUGAGCGCUCGCAACAGCAAUCAAUAUCAUCGUCGAUGCAAUCAAUGCCAACAGUGCCGAUGGUUGGGUGCGAGAGCCGCGAUCCCUGGCCUUAUGGGACAUCGCUUAUCAACUUUAUGAAAGCCUCUAAUGUCGUGGGACUGAGUGGACCAUUGAAAUUGGAUAGGAAUGGCCAACGAAGCGACUUCACGCUCGACGUACUGGAGCUCAAAAAGACCGGCUUUGAAGUGAUGGCCAAAUGGACCAAACAGGACGGCAUAAAGUCGACCACCAAUUAUACAUCAGUAUUACAGGAAGUACUGGAAAUAAUGAAGACUAAAGUGCUUAGAGUAACGGUUCCCAUACAAAAGCCGUACGUAUUUCUUAAGGAAAAUCACGACCAACUCGAAGGUAACGAUAGGUUUGAAGGGUUUUGUGUGGAUCUACUCCAGGAAAUUGCAUCGGUAUUUGAAACGGUAUUCAAAAGUCGUUUCCAAUAUGUCUAUCAAAUAAUACCCAAAAAUAACUAUGGUCGGCCAAACAAAGAUGGCGAAUGGAACGGUAUGAUCGGCGAUUUGCUCCGGCAUCAGGCCGAUCUGGCCAUUGCCGACCUGACCGCCACAUACGAUAGGGAACGGGUGGUUGAUUUUACUAUGCCGUUCAUGAAUCUCGGUAUUAGUAUACUGUUUAAAAAGCCUGGACUACCGGAGCCGGAAUUGUUUUCGUUUUUGAAACCAUUUUCGGUAGAGGUUUGGCUGUAUUUGGCGUCAGCCUACUUGGGUAUCAGUCUAUUGUUAUGGAUAUUAUCACGUAUAUCGCCUUAUGAAUGGGUACCCGGUCAUCCCUGUGACCCGGAGCCCGAGGAACUUGAAAAUCAAUUUUCAAUUGGCAACAGUCUAUGGUUUACAAUUGGCUCACUUAUGCAACAGGGAUCUGAUUUAGCUCCCAGAGCACUGUCCACUCGUACAUUGGCCAGUAUUUGGUGGUUUUUUACAUUAAUAAUGAUAUCGUCCUAUACGGCCAAUUUGGCCGCAUCGUUGACCCUGUCGCGUAUGGCACCGGCCAUAUCCAAUAUCGAAGAUCUGGCCAAACAAACAGUCAUACAGUAUGGCUGCCGAAAGGACGGCUCGACCUACAUGUUCUUCAAAAAUUCAAAUCACUCGACAUAUCAGCGAAUGUUUAAUACAAUGGAAAGCAAUCCCGAAGUAUACAUCAGAGAGACCUCUCAGGCCAUCGAUCGGGUCAAGAAGGGUGGAUACGCCUAUCUAAUGGAGUCAUCAUCGUUGGAGUACGAAGUUCAACGUGACUGCGAGCUCAUACAGAUCGGCUCCUGGCUGGACAACAAAGGCUACGGUAUCGCUACGCCGCCCGACUCGCCCUAUCGGACACCCUUAUCCAAUGCCAUUGUCGUACUACAGGACAAGGGUAUGCUGUACGAGCUGAAACAAAAAUGGUGGGUCAAACUGGGCGGCGGCAAGUGCUCGGAUGAACCGAAACUUAGUUCAAGUGCUGCCGAAUUGAACAUCGAAAACGUCGGCGGCGUUUUCGUAGUACUGGUCACUGGUGUCGGCAUUGGCUGUGUGUUUGCCGCACUCGAGUUUAUCUGGAAGACCAUGAAAGUGGCCCGACAUGAACGGGAAUCUAUAUGCAAGCUUAUAUGGCUGGAAAUUGUACGCAUAUUUACUGGUGGCGGAUCCUCUAGACCGGUGCCCAAUGCUGCCGGUUCUGGCAAUACAAAUACCAACCAAUCGCUGGACUCGGACAGUGUACCCGAAAACGAGUCGAUGGCCGAUAUUAACAACAAACUAUUGGUCCGUAUGGCCAGUAAUAUUAGUAAUAAUAAUAAUACUAAUAGUAAUAACUUAAACAACAACUAUACUGUCAACAACAACACCAACACCAACAAUGUCGGCAACAAUAUUAAUAACAUUAAUCAUAGGAUAACACCUAUCAUGUAUUAGAAGAUGAAAAAAAAUGUUUGAAGACAUACAGUACUACUACUACUACUACAUACCGUUCCCUCUAUUUUUUCGAAGAUAAUACCAACCAAACAAAAAUAUAUAUAUAUACCAAUAUAUAACUGAUAUCUUGCCAAACAUAUAAGUUGUUUGUAUUUUCAUCAUUGCUAUUUUGAU